AUGAAUGACUUGAGGGUAGGUUGCGAUGCAGAUUGGUUCGUCAGGAACUACCUCGAAAAAGUGUUGAAAUUCAAAGCAGACAAUAUCAUCAGCGUCGACAUCGAGGACAAAUACACAACUCUACUCGAGGAGAAGCAAAUAUCUGUUGUGUUUAUGGAGCUCCCGUAUCAGAAAGUGUUCACUAAUCGCAACUAUAACAACCCUGUUGGCCGGAGAUCAUUAAUUCGCCGUGUACUAUUAAACUUGGUUCCUUGCAGGAGUUUCAGAAAAGGUUCUCCAAUAGUAGCCGACGUAUUGAAGGCCAUCCUGAAGGUGUCAGAAGAUGGAACUUUGCAAAGGCUGGAAAAGGAUUGA